CACAGAGCCGUACUCUUUCGAAAUCAACAUUACUAAGAACAAGAAGAACAAGGACAUGGCCAGAAUUUUAAUUUAUUUUAAUUUUUUCCACACAGUACGGUCCAAUCCAAUCCAUUCUAUCCCAAUCAACUCUCUCAUUUUCCAUUUUCUAAUAUUAUUCUCUUUCACACCAGUUACGGUUAUGGGUAGCUUUCAUUUCAACGAUUUGAUUCCAUCGUUUUCUGUUUCUCUUCUCACUUCUCAUUGAGUCAGUUGUGGAGAAGAAAUCGAAAGCCAGAGACAAUGAGAAGCUUUCAGGGAGCUCUGGAAUGUCUUAGAGCUUUAGUGGAGACCAAACUUUGGGAUUAUUGCAUUGUUUGGAAAUCAAGGGAUGAUUCUUCUUCCAGCGGUGGAGUUUCCGAUGCCAGCGGGAAAAAGGAAGCCGGAGAGACGAUUCCGGCUAUGUUUUGUAAGGAUACUCGGUUUCGACAUUUUAGAAGGACAAAUGCAUGCCAAGCACUUGCGCAGUUCCCUUCUUCAAUAGCAUUAAACUCUGGGGUCCAUGGGGAUGUUUUGAUUUCGAAUCAACCCAUGUGGCUUACAAGUGGUGAAGUUUCUUCGAUUUCAAGCUUUUCACAUGAGUUGACUGGAACUCGAGUUCUAAUUCCAGUUUCUGGUGGAAUUGUGGAGCUUUUUGCUACAAAACAUAUGGCAAGAGAGGGAGAGGUUAUAGACUUUGUAAUGGCUCACUGUAAUGUCUCUGUGGAGCAAGAAUUUGAUAAAGAGAGUGAACCGAAUGCUGGCCUCAAUGAGAAAAGACUUCAUUCAUCUACCAAAUUCUAUCCAGUAGACUGGCCUGAUCCUCAGCCCUUGCUUGGUUUCAAAUCCAAAUUAGAAAUUCUUCCUUCAAUAUCCCAGUCCAGCUGCUUUCCUAGCUGUGGUGAAGGAUCUUCCAGUGGCUCAAAGCCUUCCAAUGAGCAUCAAAACUUUGAUUCCUAUUCGAGUUUCAUUUCACGUGGGCUCUUCAACCAACCAAUUCAGAGGUCUUUUGAAUCCAAAAGCCAAAUGCAUCAAGAAGAUUUGCUGGAGCAACAAAGGGAUGUGGCUUCAAAAUAUUCAAAGAGCUUGGAGAAAGAUGAAGCCAAAACUGGAGGGAAACAAGGGAAGGAAGUUUUCAAAUCCAAGAAUCUCAUGACAGAGAGGAGGAGAAGAAACAAGAUUCGGGAUCGUCUCUACGCUCUACGUGCUUUAGUUCCUAAUAUCUCCAAGAUGGAUAGAGCAUCAAUCAUUGUGGAUGCUAUCAACUACAUAAGAGAGUUGGAAGAGAAUGUCAAAAGCCUCCAGAAUGAACUCAUUCAAUUGGAGCACAAGGACCAAAAGAACAUACACUUGAAGAUUUCUCCAUUAGAGAAUAAAAAUGAUGACACUAAUUGUUGGCCUUUGGUUCAGGAUGAUCAACCAAUGUUUAUCUUUGGUGAGGAGAAGCCUAUGGAGGUGGAAGUGGAAGUGAUGCAAAUUAAUGAAAGAGAUUUCUUAAUCAAGCUAUUCUGCAAGAGAAAACAAGGCGGCGUAGUGAGCUCGAUAGAGGCAAUGGAUUCAUUGGGAUUGCAGGUUGUUGAUGUCAAUAUUACAACCUUUGGGGGUAUGGUCCUGAACAUUUUCCACGUUGAGGCGAAUGAAAACGACAUUCAGCCAAAGAGAUUGAGAGACUCACUGAUCAAGCUAACAAGCAGAGAAAUCAGACAAUUAAAAUAGGCUGAACAAAGGGAGAGUGUUUAUAACCCGACUCGAUGUCAAAAUCUUAGAAAGGGCAAGGGAUUAUCCAAAAGUUGAGCUGUUUGAUCACCUGCACCAGUUACAUAAAUCUACUUGAGUUAGGAAACUUGUUAUUUCAUCAAAAUGAGUCAAUCAAAAUGAUUGGUUUUUUUUUU